AUGAUUAAGCGUAAUCUUAAAUGGAGAAUUAAUUCUGAAAGAGAAAAUAAUACACCUAAACCAAAAUCCAUUAGUAUAGAAUCGCCUAGAAAUCCAACUUAUUUAAUCAGGAGAGAAAUCAAAUCUAAAAACUCUUAAUUAAAAAGCCCCUAAUCAACUUACACUAAAUAUGUUUUUUAUUCUAAUCAGAUUAGUCCUGUCAGUUCCCCAAACAAUUCUAAAAUUAUUAAACAUGAAGAAUAGCAAAUUAAUUAUCCCAGCAACAAUUUUAAUUAAGACAGGAAGCAUUCAUUAAGUACUCUUUCUACAGAAAAUCGUAGUUUUAAACAUAAGUUAUUAAAUAAUAAUAAGCAACUUUAAACAGAAUCUAUAAAACUAAUUACUUAACAAUUUACAGAAUUUAAUGUUGAUCUCCCUAUCGAUAAUUUAGUAAUUUAAUAGCAAAUAGAUAUUGAAUGUUCAAAUUUGUAUAUGUAACAAAAGAAAAUUACAUGUAAUUACUUAUUUGAUGAUAAGAAGAAAAAAAAAUUAAAAUAAAUGAUGCAGUAGUUUUAAUCUAAAGAACAGAGGAAAUCAAGUACAUUGACAGAUUAGGUCAUGAAAUUAAUUAGAACAAUAAAAUAACCAUCUUAUAGAUAUGAGGCUCAAUUAAGAUCGUCCAGAAUUUGGUUAGAAAAUGCAUGCUUUGAACCAGUAAAAUUAAAAUAAAACUACACAUACUCUUAAAGUUAAUUUAAGUUUUAUUUUAGUUAAUAUUUUGAUAAACAUCUGAAAUUUUAUAGAAUACUUGAAAUAAAUAAUUAGCUUUUAUAAUUGAUGAAUAAUCAUCAAUAAAUAACUAAAGACCUAUAAGAAUAACGUAAAGCUGUUUUCUUAGAUAAAAUUUAUAAUGAUGCAAGUAUUGAGUAUUAUAAAACUGAAACAUUGUUUAGAUUUAAAGAUGAAAUAUAGACCUAUGGAAUGUAUAUCAUAUAUUUAAUAUUAGCUAGGAUAGAUUUUUUAAAUGAAAAUUCUUAAUUGAGUAUUUCAGUUCAUCACAGCAAUUCUGAAUUAAAGGAGAGAGAUAAAAAACAUACUCUACUUGAAGAAGAUGAUGAUUCAGAAUUUUUCAAAUAUGCAAAAGUAAAUGAAUUUUCAAAUCUAAUUCUUAUCUAACCAGAAUUAAGUACAAGUCUAAAGAAAUAUUAAUUUCAACAAGAAUAUAUUAUUUCUGAAUUAGAUAAAAAGUCUAAAAAUUAAUUAUUAUCAGUUGAUUACACAGUAAUAGAUUAAAAAAUAUAUAAUGAUAAUAUUAAUCAAGUUGUACCCACUUUUUAGGAAGAAUUUUCUAAUUUAACAUUUUUUAAAGUUUAUACAUAGCUUUACAAUUAUAAUUAUAAAGAUAUCCUAAAUGGUAAUUUUUACCAUAUAAAUCCUAUUGAUGAUUUAGAAUAUGAAGCUCCUAAUUUUGAAUCUAUGGAAAGUGAGAAUGAUGAAAAAAAGAAUAAAAUUGAUAAAAAAAAAAUGUUAUAUGCAUUAAAGAAUUAAAAAAAUUGGCAGAGUGGACUUCUUUAAAAAUAAAAUUAAACAAUUUAGGAAAUUAAUUCUCAAAGAGCUUCAAUAUAAGUAUUUUCUAAUAAAUAAAGUCCAGAAGUAGAAUCUCCUUAGCUUCCAUAAAUUAACAUUUUAUAGCAAUUUUCAGAUAAUUAAAGAAAGAGUAAAGGUAUUAGAAAAUCAAUUCAUGGUAGAAAUGCAUUAUCACCUAAAUCUCCAGGUUAACGAGAUAAAGCAUUAUCAUUUUAAUAAGCAGAUCUUCUAUUUCCAAAUCUAGUUGAUAUGUCUUAAGAUUCAGUAGAGGAAAUUAAAAGAACAAGUAUGUCAAAAUCUUAAUAACAAUUUUCAAAACCAAUUUUUGAUAUCAAUUCAUUUUAAUAUAGAAGUUUAAAGAAGGAGGAUUCUGGUAAGAAUCUUAAGGAAUUUAAAAUGGUAUAAUCUAUUAAAUCAGAUUCUAUGUCAGAUUCAGUUAAUUAGAAUAUGAAAUAAAUUCCAUUAUAAAAUGUAAGGUUUUAUUUAAUUAUAAGAAAGGUGCAAAUCCUUAAAAUAUUAAAUUGGAGACAAUGUUACUUUAUGAUUAAAUGAUAAAAAGAAAUAGAUCAAAAAAGAAAAUAGCUUCUAUUUUAAUUUAGCAUGGAUUGCUAAGUUAAUUUUAGGAGUUUAUGGAUGUUCAUAGAAACUUCAAUUUAAAUAGUUAUACAUAAGAUGGAAUUCCAUUUAUUUCUUUAGCUGCUGCAAAUGGACAUGAAGGCAUUAUUCGACACAUGCUAAAUUACAAUGUUAAUUUAAAUUAAAUGGAUGUAAGAUUAAUUAUUUUUAAUUAUUUUAAAGUAAGAUGGGAAUACUCCUCUUUAUUAUGCCAUGAUUCAUAACAAUUUUGAGGUAGCUGAUCUUCUUAUUUAAAAUGGUGCAAACCCUUAUUUAAAAAAUUAAGGAAAAUGA